CACAAUAUUUUGCGUGCUCGACUUUGUACGGGUACACAUGGUACAUAUGUUACCAUGGUUAUGCGGGGACAAAAGCGAACAAGCAGAGUACAAAUAAGGAAAGAAAAGAAAGGGAACAAACGUAAUGUCUAAGAAAGUUUUAAUCACUGGAGCAUCAGGAUUAUUAGGCCGAGCUGUUUACAAGGAAUUUGUGAAUGAAGGAUCAUGGGAAGUUUUGGGUUUGGCAUUCAGUAGGUGUACAGGCAAGUUAAGGAAGUGUGACAUUACAAAAGAUGAGGAAGUAAAAACUGUGAUGAAAGAGUUUAAUCCAUCAGUAGUUAUACAUUCUGCUGCUGAGAGGAAGCCAGAUGAUGUUGAACAGAAACCAGAUGCAACUCAAAAACUGAAUAUAUCAGCAACCAAAGUAGUCUGUCAGAAUGCAGCUGCUGUUGGUGCUUGGGUAUUAUAUAUCAGUACAGAUUACGUGUUUGAAGGGUCAUCCCCUCCAUAUAAGGAGGAUGCUACACCUAAUCCACUUAACAAAUAUGGACAAAGUAAAUAUGAAGGUGAAAAGGUCACAAUGGAGGUUAGUCAAGACAAUUCAAUAUUAAGAGUGCCAAUUCUGUAUGGAGACAUUGAGUACUUGGACGAGAGUGCAGUGACUACACUAUUUCAGAAGGUCACAAAUUCAUCUAAACCGUGUCCUAUGUCAGAUUAUGAAAGACGUUUUCCAACUCAUUGUGAUGACAUAGCAUAUGUGAUAAGACAGUUAGCAGAGAAAAGGAUCGUGAAAAUUUACAAUGAUAAAAGUAUUAAAGGGGUAUACCAUUGGAGUGGUGAUGAAAAUAUGACUAAAUAUGACAUGGCUUUAGUAAUGGCAGAGGUGUUCAGUCUUCCUUCAAAUCAUAUUCAACCAGACAAAAAGCCUUCACCUGGAGCCUCUAGACCAUUCAAUUCUCAGCUUAGUUGUCAGAGACUGAAAGACCUAGGAAUAGCAAAAAAUAACCAGUUUAAAAGCAAGAUUCUUGAUGUGUUGAAGCCAUAUUACAAGACAUGAUUUACUUUCAUUUUGAUACUGUAAGUUUAGAAACUAUUGCAAGGUUUUUAUUAAUGCGAAUAAUGCCACUGGGUGAGUAUCCCAAAAAUAAGGACUCACAUUAUGAUAUAUGACGAAUUUAUAUGUAUGCAGAUUUUUUUGAAAUGGCAAUAAUUAAUAAUCUUGCAUUAGUGUUAAAAUCGCAAUAAUAAAUGCACGCAAUAAUCUCUGAAUUUUCAGUUUGUCAAAUCUAAGUACGGACUUCAUCACUAUUACCUUGAACUUAAAGGACAAUUAGUUUAAACAUUUUAUUUGCUGAAUUAAAGCAAAAUGGAUUAGACACAAGUAAAUCAUACUUAUAUGAAGUCUUCUCCAUAAUACAAUAUAAAAUUACAAUAAUAGUAUAAUAUAAUGGACAUGCAUUUAAAGCAAACAGUUUAUAGAAUAUAAUACAAGCUUUAAUAGUUAAAAAAGUAGAGAGAGAGAGAGAGAAAAAAAAAGUCUAUUAAUUCUGUGAUGAUGAUGUGAGUGUUGAUGAUGAUGAUGUUCCAUGUCAGUAUCAAUAACGCUUUAUGAAGGGACAAGAAAUCUGUUUGACCUUUUGAUGAAGUUUUGAACAUGUUUGAAAAUUUGAAUAUUUUGUUCGUUUGAAAGUUCCAAGUGUCCGCAAAUUAAUAAUUUUGUAUCUAAAACAAAGUUUUCGGAAAGGACAAUUAACACAUAUUAGAUAAUAAUUUCAAAAAUUACAAUUGGUGAAAUAUAAGUAGGCUAUUCACUGUAGAUUGGUGAUUUAUACAAGAUUCAUUACAGUCUUAGACUAAGAUAUUGAAUAAUAUUAAUAGAUUUUUAAACAUCUGAGGUGUCAAUAUAAACCCGCUUAAUUUUUCAAAUACUUUUCUAUUUUUUUGCCCUUUAUAAUUGACUUCACAACAACUUAUGUUAAUACAGAAAAUGUUUACUUUGAUGAAAGACAUAUAUGUUACUAUUUUUCUACUCUGUGGAAGUCUGAAAAACAAAUUGUUGAAGUCUGAAAAACAAAUCCUGUUGAAAAAAGAGUUAUAGAAAUGCUGGAAGGAAUGAGGAAGUUUUUGAAGAUUGCAAAAGUCAAAAGGAAUAAUAAAUAAUUUGAUUUUAAUUUAACUUUUUAAUUUGACUUGAUCAAGGAAUAUUUGCUUUUUUAUAUCAUUCUUUUGCCCUUUUUGCAAUUUUAUUAUUAAUACAAAGUUAUUUUAUUGGUAAUUUAUGGUACAGUAUGUUUGUUGUUUUAUUGUUUGUUAGCAUUUUUCUAUUUUGAUUUAAGUAGAAAUAAAAAUGGUCAUGAUGGUAUUGACCAGUUUUUAAACUGGAGUAAAAUUCUGUUAUAUAUAUUACUUUUAGUAUGCUGAUUUUCUUUUAUUUAUAUGUUUAAUUAAAAUAAAUUCCAAUGUGUCAUUUUUGUUUUUGUGUGUUCAUGUUUAUGCUUUUUUCGCUCCUUGUCGUGUUAAAGUGAUCAAUUUGGUGCAUAAUUUAUUUUGUAUUUCCAGAGGUUUGUGUCAAAACAGAUUGUUUUUUUUUUUUUUUCUUAGUUUAUAAACGUAUGUUAUAGUAUGUUCAUGAUGGUGAUUAUGAAGCUGUCACGUUUAUAGAUUGUAAAGAAGAAUAUUGACAAAAUUAUGUAAGUAAAGUAAAAUUAUAAUAAUGUCUGAUCAAAUGAAUGUGAUCAUAAGUAUGAUUAGAAUCAUAAAUAAAACAACUGCAAAAACUUAAUCUUUGAAAUGGAUUGGCCCUUUAAUAAAGAAAUAAAUCUCCACUUUUAAAAAAAAAAUUAAAUUUUAAUAUGGCUGAAGUCAUCUUAAGCGUUUUUGCAUAGAGAAUAGAGAAGAGAUUUGCCAUGAGCAUGCAGGAAUUGGUGACUUUAAAAAAUUAUAUACAAGUACAGAGAAAUAUGAGUUAACACUUUAAAGGGAAAUGUUUUAAAUGAUGUGGAUAUUUAUAGGUUAGUAGAGAAUUAUUUCAUUAUAUGGAGGAUGAUUUCAGGAAAAAUAAUAGAGAAUUUAUAAGUUAUCUUUGUUUUCAAAAUUAUAAAUGCCUUUUUCGCUCACCUUGCCCAAAGGAAUUUUCUGAUAACCUGCAGUCUGUCAUCAAAGUUAUCCUUUGGUCAUCAAUCAUCCAUUAAUUUCACAAAAUUCUUCACCUGUGAAAUAACUCAGCCAAUUGGGACCAAUCCAUCAUAAUCAUCCUUAUUUUGAUACCUUAUAAACAAAUGUGCUGGAUAAUCCUGUCUGCCAAUCAACAUGGCCGCCAAGGCUAAGCAUAGACCUUAUCGGUAAAUACAAGGUGUGUCUAAUAUUUUGAAAAAUGUUUUAGAUAAAGAAAAACCCGAAAGCGCAUAACUUGCAGAAUAAAAUAAAAGAUCUACCAACUGUUCAUUAGGACAGACAUUUUCAAACGUCUUCUUAUACAUGCUA